AUGUCUUUCGCCAACUCUUCCCAAAACAUCAGAAUCGAGCAGCGGGGAAAUGAAACUUGGCUCCUUUGCGAAGCUCAGACAGAGGAUGGUUCAUGGCAGGAUACCCAGAUCAACCUCGAUGAAGUGAUCGGCAACGACGAUGGCUGGUUUAGCCGUGAAACCACUGGAUUUACCCAGAGCGCCGAAGGCAUCGACUUUCACGAGAGUGACGGCGAGCCUUGGCUUACGGCCGACCUGCCAAUGCGUGAUGGUGGUUACCGUCAACGUCAGGGCAUCAACCUCGGCCUCCACAUUACCAACGUGAACGGUAACCUGGAGUGGUAUGGACAAUAA